AUGCCGUCUCGUUUCGCUCUGAUCUGUAACAAGGCUUCUCUUCAUCGAGAUCGUUCUGCUAGCGAUGAGCAAUCAUCUGUUGCCGCCGAGGGAGAGCUUCUCACGUCGGAGAUGUUCUUCUUCGAUGACUCCAUGGAUGAUAGCCACAGAGAGAAGCGAACGAGCUCAUCGGAGAGUGAGAAGUCCGCCGGAAAAUCCAAAGACAUGAAAGAGACCCCAGUUCCACCACCUCUUCCAAACUCUAAUCAGAACCUAAACGACCUACCGCAGGAAGUCCUCGUCUAUAUCUUGUCCUUCCUCCCCACAAUAGAGGCGAUCCAGACCUCUCUCAUUUCCAGGAAAUGGCGAAACCUCUGGUUCUUUCUCACCUCUUUCAACUUCUCCUUCGAAACCUGCUUUCCUUACUUCGAUAAUCCUCUUCCUUUUUAUACUCGCCGGAUGACUCGACCCUUCGCCAACUUUGUGGAUCGCGCUCUCACCACUCGCCCCGCCGAUCCUGCCGUCCAUUCCUUCCGUCUAUCAUUCAUCUACGACUCCGAUUACGAAGUUCGUGUCGAGUCUUGGAUACGCACCGCCGUGACGCACCUCCAAGCCCGUGAGCUGCACCUCGACUUCUAUAUCGACUAUGACUAUGACUUCUCUGUUUACAAGUAUGAAUUCUUCUUCUCAGAGCUGAGAAAUGGCUGCGUACAAGUAUUGAAACUCACCAGUUGUAAUAUUACACUGCCGGACGACAUGGAUCUUGGCUUGCUGAGAUCCAUGUUUCUCGAUCAGGUUAAUCUAGAAGACGAGGAGGUGCGGAAAUUGUUUUCGGGGUGUCCAAAUCUCGAGCACUUUGAGCUCCGAAACUGUCUGGGGGUGAAGGGUUUGUUUAUACGUAGCACCAAGCUUAAGAAGCUUGCUCUUGGAUUUGUUCCUAAUCUAGCUGCAUUCAGCUGGAACACUACAGAGAUCGAGAUUGAUUGCCCUAACCUUCUUUCAUUAAGUUUCACUGAAUGCGACUUUAACCAGUUUGUGCUUAAAAAAGCGGCUGCACUAGUCGAGCUUUCUAUUCAUCUUUCAGUGCUUGAGUCUGAGGACUAUCAUUUAUGGAGGAGGACUGUGCGGCUACUCCUGCAAGCACCUAAUGUUAAGAAGCUUAAGGUGCCAAAUUUGUGGAUUAUGCUUCUGACAUCAAGGGAUCUCUUCCCUACAAGUUUUAAGCUCCAGAGUCUCAACCAUUUAGAGCUAGGGACGGGUUAUAGUCAAAAGGAUCUGCUUGGUAUGGUUGCACUGCUUGGACAUUGUCCCAAUCUCAAGACAAUGGUUCUUUAUCACCUUCGCACGAGGAAUGAAGAUGAGAAGCUACCAGAAGGAGUCUUAUGUAAACUAGUUGAGUUCACAAUGCCAAGGAUCAAGCUACUUAAGAUGAGAGGGUAUUUUAGAACACAAGAUGUCUUCAAGUUUGUGACUAUGUUGAGAAGGCAAGGAGUAGUGGCGGAGAAGAUUGUAGUUGAUUCUCCUCAAAUGUGAUGAAAAUCAUA